AUGAAAUAAAUUAAAAAAGACUCAUUAAUAUUUGAAGAUCAAUAAAGAAUGUUAUCUGAGCUUAAUAUCUUAAAAUCUUUAGAUCAUCCUAAUAUUGUUCGUGUUUUUGAAAGCUUUUAAGAAGAUGAUUAAUAUAUAAUUGCUACUGAGUAUUUUAGUUAUUUUAUUAAGAUAUCUUCCAGGAGGAGAAUUAUUUGAACGUAUUAAAAAACUCUAAUGUUUUAGUGAGAAAAUGGCAGCUGAUUAUAUUAAAUAAAUAUUAUAAGCUGUUAGUUACUGUCAUGAAAAAUAAAUUGUUCAUAGGUUAAUUUAUAUUUUAAAGCUUCUAGAGAUUUAAAACCAGAAAAUAUCUUAUUAAGUGGUUCAGGAGAAGAAAUUAAAGUUAUAGAUUUUGGAACUUCCAGAUAUUUUACAAUAAAUAAUAAUAUGAAUAAAAGAUUAGGUACUCCUUAUUAUAUUGCACCUGAAGUUUUAGAUGGAAAAUAUAAUGAAAAAGUAGAUAUUUGGUCAUGUGGUGUUAUUUUAUAUAUUUUCUUAUGUGGAUAUCCUCCUUUUACAGGAAAAUCUGAUAAUGAAAUAUUUGCAAAAGUAAGAAAUGCCAGAUUAAUAUUUGAUAAAGAUGAUUGGUCAACUGUUUCUAGAGAUGCUAUAGAUUUAAUUGUUAAAAUGUUAAAUAUUGACGCAAAAAAAAGAUUCUCUGCUUAAUAAGCUCUUUAACAUCCUUGGGUUUAAAAAAAUGCUAAAUAAGAAAUUAUAUCUUUGUAAUUAUUAAAUAACAUACAAAAAUUUUAUGUAAUUUUUUUAUAUGCUAAAUUUAGGUCAAAAAUAAUUUUCAAAAAGCUAUCAUGACUUUUAUGGUUAAUUAAACUUUACAAAACUAAGAAAUUAGUGAAUUAAAAGCAACAUUUAAUGCUUUAGAUUAAAAUCAUGAUGGAAAUUUGAAUAAAUUAGAAUUAAUAGCUGGUUAUUAAGAAAUAUUAAAAAGUAAAGAAUAAGCUGAAGAUAAAGUAAAUCAAAUUUUAGAUGCACUUGAUUUAAAUCAUUCAAAUUUAAUAGAUUAUUCAGAAUUUAUUAUGGGUGCAAUGACAUUUGAAAAAUUAGUUUCGAUUGAAAGAAUUAAAUAAUCAUUUCGAAUGUUAGAUACAGUAUUUAAUAAAUUUAUUAUUUAGAAUGGAGAUGGUUAUAUAUCUAAAGAAGAAUUAGAAGAUAGUAUGGGAUUUUUAGAAACUGAAAUAUGGGAAUAGUUUUUAAGUGAUUGUGACUUAAAUAAAGACGGAAAAAUAUCAGAAGAAGAAUUCACUAAGAUGUUAGUUACUUUAUGA